AUGGCUAGCCACUUGUUAGAACCCAUCACUCACCUACCCACACUACCAUCAUCACUUAACCAUGGCCCUAAUGAUCUCAAAGUUGAACUUGCUCUCCUUCGUAUUACUAAGGUCACCGAUGGUGCUCCUAACAAGCCCUCCAAGAUCAAGGAGGGUGGUUUUGGCGAAAAUAGCGGUGGUGGAGUUAGUGGCCAUGGAGUUUUGUAUGAAAUAGGUAAAUGGUCCAACUAA